AUGGCAGAUUUGAACGAAAUUGAUGAUGGUCAAUCUUCGAUCACUGAUGGCACUUGUAAAACCUAUCGCCUACCUUGGUCAAAAUAUGAAAACAUUUUUAAAAUAAUUGAUCUAAAAGAAGAUUUUGAAAAGUAUCAAAAAUUCAAUGUUCGUUGUAAAUAUUGUGCUUCGUCCAAACUACUGACAGCAGACACAAGGAAUAGUUCCAAUUUAUUAAAGCACUUAGAGAUGCAACAUAAAAAUAUUUGGACAUCACAAAAUGAAAAAUUUGUUCAAACUAAACUCAAAAGAAAAACUGAUGACUGCAUCAAUGAAAACUUCCAUUCAAAUCAUAAAUUGGAGAUAAAUGAAAAAAAAACCAAGGUUACAACGAUAUUAGAUUUUUCUAAAAGAAAUUCUUCAGUUUCUCAAAAUGAGUUAAAUUUGAUGAUUCAAAAUUUGAUUAUUAAUGCUUCAUUACCAUUUAAUUUGGUAGAACAGAUUGAUUUUAAAAAUUUGAUUACAACUGGAUAUCCUAAUCGUCAUGUGUUAUCAAGGAAGACGUUAAUGAAAAAUAUAGAAGCUCAACAUCAAGUCCUUUUACAAGAUAUGAAAAGCAUAUUUUCCAAAGUUAAUUAUUUAACUACCACUGCUGAUUGUUGGACUAUUUUCAAAAGAUCCUAUUUGGGUAUGACUUGUCAUUGGAUUAAUCCAGUAUCACUAGAGAGAGAGUCUUGCUUAUUGGCUAUAAGAAGAUUAAAGGGCAGCCAUACUUAUGAUUUGCUAGCAAGAACUAUGGAAUCUAUUUAUACUGAAUUUAAUAUCAAUGAUAAAGUUAUCUAUACAACAACUGACAACGGUUCUAAUUUUGUCAAAUGCUUUGAAAUUUAUGGUCAAUCGUCAGUUGUUGAAAUUGUUCAAGAUGGAAGUAAGAAAACAGAUGUAGAAAUUCUUCAAACUCUAGAAGAUUCAAUUGAAGAGGAAUAUGAUGAAAACAAGGAAGACACUGACGAUGAUGCUAAUACUGAAAAAGAUGAAGAUGUUAGUUUUUCUCGUAUAUCUAUUACCCAAGUUCUGGAUAACAGAGAACUAAUUGGUGAAUGUACAUCCAAUUGGGAUGAUUGUAUGGUAUAUAACCUACCUAAGCAUCACAGAUGUGCUUCGCAUACUCUAAAUCUAAUAGCAACAGCUGAGAUUGAAAAAGCUUUAUCGGCUAUCGCCUAA